AUGGCCUUGGAGUUGGUGUUACCUGAAUUUGUAAGUUCUAGAUUUGAACAAUUCAAAACCAACAAAACUACUUUAGCAUUCAUAGUAAAUUCUCUCAACACAAAUUGUAACGAAAUUCACGUUGAGAUAUUUGGAAUUCAUACUGGAUUUUUAGAAGUGCAAUUGAUCGAUUUAAAAAGUAAAGCUUUGUGGAGUGGAAAAUUUACAGAAUUGAAAAGCAAGUGGGAAAUGUAUGUAACGCAAAAAAAGUGGACAGCUUUGAAAGAAAUGCCGCGUAUUGAGGAACUAUUCGAUGCAUGGAAUAGUCUUCCAGAUUGCUACAGUGAGGUAACAGACAACCAUAAUAUAUUAGUUUAUGGCCUUAGUGAAAAUACACUAAUAUCACGUCCACUGGAAGAAUUUGAUGUUGAUAAAUCUGUUUAUUUAGAAUCACAUAAUAACCUACAAGUUAUAGAUGUACCUGAAGUACUAUUUGAAAAUCUAUUUACAAAUGUGGUCCAACCAAACAAUGAUAACAUAAACUUGGAAGAAGAUGUAGGUGUUCCUGUUGCUAGUAUUGAUUUUCUGAUACCUGCAAAUGAAAAUAGUAUACCAAUGAAUUUAUAUUGUAAUGACAAUGCAGACCAACAUAUUGACAAUAUCGUCGUAGAAAAUCAAUUAACCUCUGUCACGAAGAAAAGAAAAAGACGGGAGCAUGCUCCAAAUGUGCGUUACCUUCCAGGUGAUGUUAAUGUAGCACUUAUGCACAGUGAAUUUAUCAACAAAUUUCCAGAGUUUAAAGGGAAAGUAUCAUAUGAUUUAUACAUGCGAAUCGUUAAAGAACAACAUAUAUCAUUCGCACAACUAGGACAUGAGGAAUGUGAAAAAUGUGAGCAGUUUACUCUUCAUGCCCACAAAAAAGAGAAUCUUGACAUAUCGUGUGACAUAUGUAAACAAUGGAAAGGUCAUGACGAAUUAGUUAUAAAAGCUAGAAACGCAUGUAAAAGGUUUUGUAAACAGGAAAGAUCAAAUAAUGCAAUAUGUUUUUCAAGUUACAUGCAGAAGGUUAUCAUGUUGCCAAGUGUGGACAUGUUCAAGAAACUAUUAUUUGUAAAGCGUUUAGUAGCCUAUCAUGAAACCUUAGCACCUGUAGGGAGAAAAAGUAAAGCAAAAGUUCACUGCAUUUUGUGGCAUGAAGGAAUUUCAGGCCGCAAUAAAGAAGAUAAUGUUAGUGUGUUGUACAUGUUUUAA